UUCUGUGAGCGAGAGAGAGAGAGUGAGAGAGUGAGUGGUGUCUAUGAGCACAGGGUGAACCAGUCAGACUUAACUCCCAGUCACACAAUGUUAUUUUCCCGCCCCUGUGGCUGCCCCGGCGCGCCCCAGUGACCUCGCCCGCGCCACACCCCUUGGGGCAUGACCUGGUGGCUGGCAGGUCCCUAUCCACUGGCUGGGUUGAGGCGUAGGGGCUAAAAAGUGGGUUGUUUACAGUGUUAGGCUGGCCAGAGGUCCCCCAAGCACCAUGAACGGGCUGAGUAUUAGAGAUAUCUGCUGUCUCUUCUGCUGGCCGCCCUGCCCCUCCAGCAUAGCAGCGAAGAUGGCCUUUAUCCCGCCAGAGCCCACCUACUCCUUCACCCCGGACGAGACGGGCUCCAGACACUCCCUGCACCUCACGGACAAGGCUGAGUGGCAGUUCACGGACAAGGAGAAGGAAGCUAUUGAGGUUUUCUACACACGGACCACCCGGGGGAACAAAAUCGCCUGCAUGUUCGUGAGGUGUUCCCCUAACGCCAGGUUCUGCAUUUUGUUCUCCCACGGCAACGCAGCGGACCUUGGCCACAUGAGCAGCUUCUACCUGUCUCUGGGCACGAGGAUAAACUGCAACAUCUUCAGCUACGACUACUCUGGCUACGGCGUGUCUGCAGGGAAGCCAUCAGAGAAGAACCUGUACUCUGAUAUUGACGCAGCCUGGCACGCCCUCAGGACCCGCUACGGUAUAUCCCCUGAGAACAUUAUCCUGUACGGCCAGAGCAUCGGCACGGCAGCCACCAUUGACCUGGCGUCCAGAUACGAGGUCGGGGCAGUCAUCCUACACUCCCCGCUCAUGUCUGGUAUCAGGGUCCUCUUCAAUACUAAGAGGACCUGGUUCUUCGAUGCAUUCCCAAGCAUUGAGAAGGUUCCGAAGAUCACCUCCCCGGUCUUGGUGAUUCACGGCACAGAGGAUAACGUGGUGGACUUCUCCCACGGUCUGGCCAUCCACGAACGCUGCCCCCGCGCGGUGGAGCCCCUAUGGGUUGAGGGUGCGGGCCACAACGACGUGGAGCUGUACAGCCAGUACCUGGAGCGCCUCAAGCAGUUCGUGUCCGUUGAGCUGGUUAAUUGACGUCUUGGUGAGGCCCCCCCGCCAUCCAGCCAGGGGGGGCUCAACCACCACCCGCCCCGGCCCCCAACCUCCUCCGCCUCACACCUGGGGACGCGGGGGGCUGGAGGGGUGCGGGGGGGCGGCCUGGUGGUGCGGUGCUGGGACACUGACCUGGGGAUGAUUGCCACAGAGGGGAUGUUUGCCACAGAGGGCGCCAUGGCCACUGAGGGCAGGCUGGCGGCUGCCCUCGCCACGCCCUCCAGGGAGACGCCCCCCGCUACGUCCGGCCACGCCUCAGGGCACACGUCGCCAUCUGCUGCUGCCGCCGCCACCACCGCCACCACCAACCGCAGCCCAAGUCGCCCAUCACCGAAGAUCCUGAGAGCGUCGGCCCCCCCUUCCCCCUCACUCUCCUGCAUUUCCCAUCCCCCAGAGCCCCCGGCCCUCCCGCCAGACAUCGCCGCAUCCACCAUCUCCCUCUCCACCUCCUUCCACCACCACCACCACCACCAUCACCACCACCAGCACCACCGCCGCCACCACUCUCACUCCAGCUCCCCUGCGGAAAAGUUACUGUGACCCCUGGAGUCUUUAGUGUAACCUAGGCUUUCCCUCCCCCCACCCCGCCCCGCCCCAGACCCCUCCCAGUCAGCGUAGGGGUGCGUGACUGGGGGUGCCGGCCCUGGGUGUCUGUGGGGCGUGUGUGGACCCUAAGGGAUGACUUGUUAAUGGGUAAAUGUCCCUUUUUUUAUCCCCCAUUAUCCCUGUGUCCCUCUUUACCUUAGCCGACCCUCAACUGGUGACCGACAGUGAAGAAAACGGGACGGAACGCAAGGAAAACGUUACAAAAUGAAAUAAAAAAGACAGACGUAGAUAGAGAGAAAUUGUUUUUGUAAAUGUGAAAGGCUCUGAGAAAACAAACGCAAUGGAAACAAAAUCGGGUGAACUUAUAAGUAAAAUAGAGAAAAGUGUGUUUAAAUGGAUGGUGUUGAAGAGAGAGUGAACAAAACGCACUUAAAAGAAUAGUGAGGAUACAAGUGUCGGAUUAUUUGGCUAAGGUCCCCCCCUUGUCCCCCCUAGACCCACCCACACCUCCCCUACCUCUCCCAGCCCUCUCCCUCACCUCUCCUUCAACAAAACCACUGCCUCUCACUAUCAGAAUGAGUAUUAAAGAGAGAGAGAGUGAAAAAAAUAGUGUGUGUGUGUGUGUGCGUGUGUGGUCAAGACUACACACACACACACACACACACACACACACACACACACACACACACACACACACACACACACACACACACACACACACACACACACACACACACACACACACAGAGACUGAUUAUAUUGUACCAUACCUAACCAUAACCUAACCUAACCUAACCUAACCUAGUGGAGAGGGAAGCACCUUUUGUAACUCAUAUAUUUGAUACAUUUCAGGGUGAUAGAUUACUAGAGAUGUUAGAGGAAGAGGAGGAGGAGGAGGAGGAGUAGGAGGAAGAGGAGGAGUAGGAGGAGGAGGAUUAAAAAAAAAAAGUGUUAUAAAUCCUGUAUAUCUUAAAUGGUGGUUUUAUACAGUGUGUCUAUUAUUAUUAUCAUUAUUAUCAUUAUUAUUAUUAUUAUUAUUAUUAUUUGUGUUUUUUUUUCAUAUAUACAUACGUAUUUAUAAUGUCUCCUAACCUUCCCAUACCUCUCUCUCUCUCUCUCUCUCUCUCUCUCUCUCUCUCUCUCUCUCGCUCUCUCACUCACUCCUUUCUUUUAUUUUCUCCUCUUCCUCUUUCUUUAUAUUCACUAUCAUAACCAUCACCAUCUUAUCCGUGUGUGUGUGUGUGUGUGUGUGUGUGUUGUGUGUGGUAGGGACAAACACACACACACACACAUAUCUCAAACUUGGCAAGUGUUUUUCUAGUUCUUGUUUUGAGUAGUAGGUGUGUUUCUCUCUCUCUCUCUCUCUCUCUCUCUCUCUCUCUCUCUCUCUCUCUCUCUCUCUCUCUCUCUCUCUCUCUCUCUCUCUCUCUCUCUCUCUCUCUCUCU